AUCCUGGUCACUGCGUUGUUAGUUUGUGAAAACUUCUUGAAAAAGGCAUUUUUGAAAAUGUCGACGACUUUACUUUGUGUUGUGGGAUUUGUUUUAUUAUUUUCAUCUCCAUUAAUAAAAGCAAAUAGAUCUCUCGAUUGGCAAGUUGAGUUCGAAGUAAAUCAAUAUGAUUUGCGUGUAAAUGAACCGAAAGAAGUCAAUUUGAUCAUUAGGAAUCUCCGCCUAAUCAAUUAUCAUGACUCAGUGCACGUGGUUAGUAGUGAUGCGAAAAUUGUUCGAGUGUCGAAUGCAGGUUUUGUGUAUGAUUACAAUGGAGGCAUAUGGAGAGGCUCUUUCAUCGCCAUUCCAAUUGGUGUUGGUAGUGUAAAUAUAUCGGUUAAAGUCGAUUGGGACGCACAAACGGAAAUAUCGAUUGAAUGCAUGACGAUCAAUGUUCACCGCAAUCGAAUUAUGCCAUUUAGCUCCAGGAUUUUCCAAUACACCGAUUGCAUCAUUAGUAUCAUAUUUUACAUUACCAUCGGAAUGGUUUUGGACUGGAGAAAUUUGUACACUAUUGCCCAAAAACCAGCGGGAUUAUUCGAUGCGUUCUUCAUUAAUGUGGUUAUUAUGCUUUUGCCAAGUCUUGUGUUUGCUCUAGUCCAAUCGAUGGAAGCUGAAAAUGACAAGGGAAUCAAAUUGUCGGCCGUUGCAUUCAACAUGAUUGGCGCAGUAAUGGCUUCGAAUCCAUGGGCUGUAAUUCUGGGCGGAAAUAUUGAUCUAUCUAUAGCGAUAACCUCAGUAGCCAAUAUUUUUGGCUAUGCUUUGACAUCUUUAUGGUUGUACAUUGUCGCCACAUUGCUCCAUAAAAACGUUUACCAUCCAUUUGUUGAGUACGAACGGAAUUUGUACUUCUUCUGCAUUCCAAUUUGCAUCGGCAUUACUAUAAAAUUAGUCAUUUAUAAAAUCUUUCCACGUGCGAUCGAUUUUUCCAUGGAAUUUCUUAAAUGGUUGGCACCGGUUGCUGUUUUUAUGGCUCUCAUUAAAUGGUUAGAGCUUGAUUUGGAUUUGUUUGUUUAUGGAUUGUUCACAUGGAAGUCAAUGUUGAUUGCAUUCAUUUUAUCGGUCGCAAUAUACUCGAUCACAUGGAUUCUUUUACUAUCGUUGAAUCAAAGUCACGAAAACUGUAUAUCGAUUGCUGUUGAAGCGGCCAAUAAGAAUGCGUGCUUGGCCGUUUUUGUUAUUCGUUUACUCAGCCAAGAACAAUGCGAUUUUGCAUGUCUUUUUCCAAGUGCAACUGUUCUCAUGACAUUUCUAAUGUUGAUGACUAAUUUUCUGUGGAACAAGUGCAGGGCAAGAAUCGAUACAGCGGUACCUUUCCAAAGGCUAGAAGAAACAUAUUCAGCUUAGGAUAUGAUUAAUUAAGAAAAAUAAAUGCUUAAAAUCUUA